CGCUAAUGAUGACAGUUCCAGUUACCUGCAGCGCUCUGGCUCCAGCAAAGAACCUUGAACCUUGAAUUUUGAGUCUCGACGCGACACAGUGAUCAAACGUCACCCUCGAGCUGCCAUUGUAUCGUAUCGCCGCAGACAACACUUGAGAAAUCCGCAACAACAAUCAUGUCUGAUAAUGUUGGUCUCUCGACGCCGCGAGGCAGUGGAACCUCGGGCUAUGUCCAGCGGAACCUCGCCCAGGUCAGGCCGCGUGAUUACGCCGCGCCGUAUCCCAAAGAUCGAGACAGCAUGCGACACAAGCAGCGACAGCCGGACAAGGCGAUUCUCGAGCACGAUCGAAAGAGAGAGAUUGAAGUCAAAGUAUUCGACCUAAGAGAUCAGCUUGAGGAAGAAGAGGUUGAUGAAGAAGAGAUUGACCGCCGGUGCGACGAAUUACGAAAGAAGCUGCUUGCGGAGAUGAAUUCGAAAAACAAAGCCAAUGCACCGAGGAGGGCUUUCAAGGAGCAUCAAGUGCACGAGAUGGCCGAUGCGAAGAUAAAGGAGAGCGAGCGUCUCAGGAGAGCGCUGAAAAUUAGCUCCGACUACGAGGAAGGAGGACACUGGAAGAAGCAAGAGGAAAGAUUACAGGAAGCGUUGGCAAAAAAGGAAGAGGAAGACAGGGACUGAUUUGCUCAUUCAGCGCUAUCCGUCGCUUUUGAUAUCAAAAAGCGAUAUGCUUGGCUUUAUCUGUACUACCGGUUUGGGGCUCAUUGGGCGGGUGACAUUGGAGUUUUGGCGUUUCCUGGUUAUGCGAAUCUAUGGAAAGGCCUUUGUUUUCAGCCAUGCUGUUGGUAUUUGCGAGAGAGACGACGAGAUCAAUAUUUGAAGCAGCUUGAUAAUUCGGACUGAGUAGAGUCGUGAUGCCGAAGAAGGACUGGUUCAGGACAUGAAGGAAGUUAUUGCGAGGUUUUCUCGAUAAAUGAUGCACAGUCAAAGUGUAAUAACCAUCCUCUUGGAUUUUGAUCCAAGACAAUCUUAAUUUUAUAGUCUCGUUCUAGAGACUAGAACGUUGUAUUAACUAG